CAUGCGCACAUCCACCCAGUAGCAGCAGCAGCUCCAGCUCCAGCGACAGCGACCUGCUGUCUGACACCGACGGAGACCGAGAAACGUGUCAGCCGCGGCGGGGAUGUAAACGAGAUGGACCGGGUCUCAGCGGGACGGAGAGUCGCUGUCGGGGAAUGUCACAGCAGCAAGUGAACGCACCGUCUGCUUCAGCUCACCACCGCGUCAUUAGCGUUGGGAUUGAUAUCACAUAAAGUCGUGACUGUUUCGUUUAUUUAAUCUUUGCGAGAGAGAGGCACCGGACCCCGUUAAACAUCCUCCAAACAGCAUGCCUCCUCCUCCUCAGAGCCUCCAAUCCAGCGGGCUGACUCUCUCUGAGACAAGCAUGGGUUCCUUUAAGAGAAGGAAGAGGAAAUCCAUAAUCGUGACGGUGCUGCUCCUAAUUGUUUCCGUGCUCAUCCUCGUCUUUGGCCUGGCGGCGACUACCAGGACGCAGAACAUCACAGUGGGUGGCUACUACUCAGGCGUCAUUCUGGGCUUCGGCUCUUUCCUGGGAAUAAUCGGCGCUCAUUUGAUUGAGAACAAGAGGCAAAUGUUAGUGGCGUCCAUUGUCUUCAUCAGCUUCGGAGUGGUGGCCGCCUUCUGCUGCGCUAUUGUCGAUGGAGUCUUUGCUGCGAGGCACAUUGACCUCAGGCCUCUGUACGCCGGCCGUUGUGAGUAUCUCUCCGGCGAGACGGCGUCUGACCGUGACGUGCCCUGUCAGACAUCAUCGCGCACGUCCUGUAAGCUGCACGUGAAGAGCAACACCUGUUACUGCUGCGAGCUCUACCACUGCGGGAAAGAACAUCCUCUUAUGGGACUUCAGAAUAAAGAUGUUUUGAAAAAGUUUAGGAAGUCAUCCAUGAUUUGGAAGCCCAGCCGUGUUGAGAUGAUUGGAGGCUACUACGAAUACACGGAUGUGAGAAGCUGCCAGGACGUGGUGCACCUCUACCACCUGUUAUGGUCCGCCACCAUCCUCAACAUCGUGGCCCUCUUCCUGGGCAUCAUCACUGCUGCAGUGCUGGGAGGCUUCAAGGACAUGACGCCCUCCACCACCUCAGAGAGUGCGUCUGAACCAGAGGCCAUCACAGCUCCCGUGCCCUCGCAGCCCCCUGCUCCCACCACUUCUCUCAACUCCUAUUACAGUGCUGCCCCCUGCCUGCCACCUUACACUGCCUACGACCUGCAGCAGGGCUCCUACUUGUUCCCCGACUCCUCAGGCCUGUCGGACGAUUCCCAGUCUGGAACCAGCCACCUGUGGCCCACCAUGAUCCCCCCUCGGUACUCCCCUCCUCACAACCAUCCCGACGAGAAGCCCCCUCCAUACAGCCCAUAAGGCUACGAGAGAAGGAAACACCGGGGAGACUGUGUUGGGUGUCGUUAGAGCGGUUUGAUUGCACAGUUCUUCUGGACUUGAACUGUGUUGAAGAAAUUGAGGUGAGGAGGAGGAGGAGGAGGAGGAGGAGGAGCAAGAGGAGGAGGAGGAGGCCACAGAGCACAUUAACUUUGAGUUUAGCCCUGCACAAGGGCGUUUGUGUCCCUGGGCACCACUCACACUCGGGCCUGCACCUUGUGUGUAUGUGCACGUACACAACAAGAGAAAGACAACCUGCUCAAAGACAGGACUGUUUACUCAUCUAUCUGCCUUAAUGCAAAUGGACUCCCAGCACUGCAGCACUCUGUCACCUGGACUUAUUCUGUA